AUGACUACAGCCGUCCUAGUAGGAUUAGGGGUCGCAACUACCGCCUUUGCAGCUCGAUUAGCUAUGAAAGCCUGGCAAUCAUCGUCACCAGAAGCAUUGAGGUCUGUGACAUCGUCAACAGGUCGAGCCUUCCUACGAGGAGGAUUCGAAUCUAAAAUGUCAAAGAGAGAAGCUGCUCAGAUACUUGGAAUACGGGAGAACGUACCAAAGGAAAAGCUAAAGGAAGCGCACCGUCGUGUCAUGUUGCUAAAUCAUCCUGACAGAGGUGGAAGCCCGUAUCUUGCCAGCAAGAUCAAUGAGGCAAAGGAGAUGCUGGAUCGCAAGUAG